AUGUUCAACUUCAACCCCUUCAAAUCCAAGGAGGAACAGACCCAGCAACCAACCUGGGACCCUAACACCCUAACCAUGACCCAGCCGUCUACCCCCGCGGCACCAAGCCAGGUCGUGUCGCAGCAGCCGCCCGCACAGGAACAGAUGGACAUGAGACUACGUGGCGGUGGUGAGAAGGAGGAUGUUUGCUGUGGAGUGUAG